AUGGUUUUGGUUUUCUUAAUAAUCGUUGGCCUUACUGUUCAGACGGUGUUCCCUGGCCAAAGAGAAAAAGAAGCGCAACAACUGGAAAAAGAGAUUCGAAUGGAAGUAGAGCAGCUGCGAUCCGAGAAAAUAGUACUUACCGCGGAAAACGAGGAAUUCAGACGGCGAUUGAAUAGAGCCGAGGUGGAACAUCGUGAAUUUGAUGCACACCGUGCACGCAUGGAACGAGAACGCUCAGCGCUCAAACGAAAUAUUGAAUCGGUGAGUCGGUACUAA